CAGCGCCCUCCUGUGUCUGGCCACAGUAUGAGCCUUCACUGGAUUGGCUGAGCGGUUGUCAGGACUGUUUACAAGAAACAUGGCUUCCAGGUCUGUUGGAGAGCAUCAGGAGAUGGAAGUUGACCGAAGGGGUGAGUCUGAGGAGUCUGGUGAUGAGGAGACUAGGAGGAGGAGUAUCAAUGGCAACGUGGACCCCACUCAGCCCUCUACCACUGGUAAAGAAGAGUCUCCUGUUGACAUGGACACCAUAACCUUGGACCCAGAGGAAGAGGAUGUUGAUCUUGUUCAUUGUCGUAUUGGAAAGAUUGAAGGAUUGGAGGUGCUACAGAAAGCUAAAACACUCUCCUUACGACAGAAUCUCAUCAAAAAGAUAGAAAACCUUGAAAGUUUGAGCUCACUGCAGGAACUAGAUCUCUAUGACAAUCAGAUCCGCAAACUGGAGAACCUGCAGACCCUCACAGAGAUUGAGCAGCUUGACGUGUCCUUUAAUAUGCUGAGAAAGAUCGAGGGUUUGGAGCAUAUGACUCGGGUGAAGAAACUUUUUCUGCUUCACAACAAAAUUGGCAACAUUGGCAACCUGGACCACCUCACAGGCCUGGAAAUGCUGGAGCUGGGCUCCAAUCGCAUCCGGGUCAUAGAGAACCUGGAUACACUUGCAUCUUUGCAAAGUUUGUUUCUUGGCACCAAUAAAAUAACUACGCUUCAGAAUCUGGAGGGUUUACACAACCUGACUGUUUUAAGCAUUCAGAGUAACCGGAUUACUAAAAUUGAGGGUCUACAGAAUCUUGUCAACCUGAAAGAGCUCUAUUUGAGCCACAAUGGCAUUGAGGUCAUUGAGGGCUUGGAAAACAAUAAAAGGCUCACAACCCUUGACAUUGCAGCCAAUCGAGUAAAGAAAAUCGAAAACAUCAGCCAUCUGACAGAGCUGCAGGAGUUCUGGAUGAACGAUAAUCAGAUAGAUAACUGGUCAGAUCUCGAUGAGCUGAAGAAUGCCAAGUCUCUGGAGACCGUCUACCUUGAAAGAAAUCCUCUACAGAAGGAUCCGCAGUACCGGCGAAAGAUUAUGCUAGCGCUGCCCAGUGUGCGCCAGAUUGACGCUACCUUCAUCCGCUUUUAAACUGAAGUGUAAAAUUUACCUGCCAACUUCUCAGUGUUCUCCCUCACCACCCUGCCUGCCCCGCUUACAAAACAAACUUCAUUUUGAAACACACUGGCCUCACUAAAUCACAUAGUCACUCCAAACACAAAUACACAUUCCAACAUUCACUGUCACCCCAUGUAUGCACUCAUUCACACCUUGAUCUAUGCUGUUGUGUGGAAGCUUAUUUAUUUAUUAAGCUGGACUGUGGAAAGGAUUUAAAAAAGUACCCUACACCCAUGUCAUUAUGUUUCCUCUACACUUAAUUUUCUUUUAUUGUUUUGUAUGUGGGAUACAGUAUGGAGACACAAUCAGUCAGUGCCCAUCAGGAAAAUAAGAUAUGAGUCUUAUUUAUUCAUGUUGUUGAAGUUGCGCAUAUAUAUAUAUAUAUAUAUAUAUAUAUAUAUAUAUAUAUGUGUGUGUGUGUUGUGAGUUUUUUCCUUUUGUUUGGAGAGGAUAAGAUUGUUCUCAUGAGGUACACAGUGGGUAAAAUAACAAUUAAACAUCAACAUUAAAUGGAAAGUCCAUAAUAAAAUAAUUUAGAUAUUUUAAUCUUCAGAAUACUGCUUAUCUUAUUAGGUUUUUACACGCUUCAAAGCUGUCCUGAACGAGUUACCAAACUUUACAGCCACAGAAACAUCUAUAAUUAAGCCUAAUAUGCCAAAGUGACACCAUGCAGGUUCAUGCCAGUUCAGUGAAGUGGCACCUGCUUGCAUCCGUCUUUUUAAGGAAAACGGCAAAAACUGAUGAAUCAUUUUAAUAAACUGGUAUAAAUCUUGCUUUGGUUCUCUUGACUUUGAGAAAAAUUUUCAUUAAUUUGAUUUGAACUGAUAACAGUAAAAUGUAGAUUGUUUUUGAAGUGAAUUUACUUAAUAAUGGCAGGACUGGUCUUACGUAAGUGUUGUUAACUAAUGUAGAAUAUAUUAAAUCUUGUUAAUUUACUAAACAAAUUUUCGGUUUUAAAAUUUCCGAAAUGUAAAACUACUACAGUGACACAUUCUGUAAUAUUCUCAUUUAUAUGGCAUUCGGUAUUGCUUAAAAAUAGAUAAUCCUGUAUAUUCAUGUUUGCCAUAGGAUUUCGUAGAUCAAGCACUAAGAUGAACAAAAAGUGAAUGGCCUAUUCUUAUGGUCCCCUGUAUAUAAUGCUUGAGUGCACUUGAUUUACUCCCGGGUUACAGUUAAAAUGUGAUGCAUCUUUUAUAAAAGAAAAAUGUCCCAUGUCCAUUAAACACUUAUCUCCGCUAACAAAGUCACAUUUGGACACAGCAGAAACGCAUCAGAUUUCAAUAAUGGGUUUACAUGGAGAAUGCUAAACUAAGUGGUUUCUGUGCAACAUAAGAUACGUAUAAUUAUUAUCUAAUUCCUUUCAUCUGGGUCUAAAGUGCAUAUUCAACCUGUUAAAGUAACCUGAGUUAAUAUUGCAUCACCCUUUGUAGUCAAGAAAAUAAUAGCAUAGUAUGCUGGUUUUUAUCAUGUCUUUAGCUGACAAAUUGCUCUCUUUCAAAGGUUUUCAAAUUAUGAUCAUAAAUCCAAAUAGUUAUGAUUGGUGAUUUUGACCAUGUCUCAAUAGAACAUUUAUGAGCCCAUUUCAGAGGUGAAACGGAAGGACAUUAUAUAUUAUGAUUGAUAUGUUAUUUUAUGUUCAGCUUUAACUAUAAUUAACUUUACAAUUGGCCAGUGGGAUUGGAAGUGUCACUUAGUGUAUUUGUAAAUAAUUUAGACAUAUCAUGAUGUAGAAAGUCAGUGCCAUCAUCACCUUCCCCUUGUAAAGUGAAAUCCUUUUUUUUUUUCUUACUUGUUUUGCCAGGCAGCACAGCAGAUUUGUGUGAGAUACCGUAAUUAUAGCUUGAAUUUGAUUGGUUAUUGAAUGAGCAGUUAUUCGAAUUGCUAGUAGCUGAUUGUUGAACUGAGUCUUCAGGUUACAGACUUUGUUGAUGAUGUUUUCAAACUGAAUGUAUUAUGCAAAUAAUAAAGUUACAGUACUUAAAAA